AUGGAUGAGUUUGAAGAGGGAUGCGAGGAUGAAACUGAUGAGGAGAUUGCUCCUCAAGUUCAGAUUGAUGGUGAAUUACAAGGUGAAGGCGCUGCCAGAACUGAGCAAGCAGCCGAAUCUGUUGAAGCUCCUCAUGCCCAGGAGGAAAGAAGGGAAACUUCUCAGCAUUCCAGCUAUAGACUGAGCUUGACUUACGCGAUGGAAGGGGCUGGUCUGUCAUAUCCGAUCAACAAAAGGGAUUGGUUGAUGCUCUACGUGACCUAUUGCCAGAUGCGGAGCAUAGGAAUUGAUUGGAAGAAGGCAACUGCUGAAUUGGAGGAGAUUGAAGGUAAUGACCCACUUAGUACACCUUUUAAAGACUUCAUGGACCAAGAACCUAGAUACUUUUGCCGAUCCUUCUUAUCUCAUUUACCUAAGUGUGACUCGGUGGAGAGUAAUAUCUGUGAAACCUGGAAUGGAACGAUUGUUAAGUAUAGGGGAAUGAGAAUCAUAGAUAUGCUCGAGGGGAUUAGGGGUUACAUGAUGGAUCGAGUUGUAAUCAAGUUUAACCUGUUAUCUGCUACGACUGAUUUGUUGUGUCCGAGAAUUAGAAAGAAGGUAGAAAAAGAGAAGGAGUUUGCUAGGUUGUGCACAUCUAAGCAAACCUUGGAUUUGAAAUGUGAGGUGAAGAUGGGUAAUUCAGGGUACAUAGUUGAUCUCCAAACUAAGACAUGUACUUGUGGGUACUGGUCUCUGAGCGGUUUGCCAUGUUGCCACGUUGUUUCGGCAAUCACACACCUGAGGAAGGAUGUGGACGACUACGUCCAUGUUUCAUAUCAUGCGACUCAUGCGAGGGAGGGCUAUAAGGCGCAACCUGGAAGGCCAAAGAAGAACCGGAGGAAAGCUGCUCACGAGCUUGAGGUUCGGCCGCAAGCUCAUGGAAUUGGUGAAGAAGUGUCGAGGAGGGGAACUGUCAUCCACUGCAGCAAGUGUGGAGCUGAGGGGCAUAAUGCACGGACCUGUAAAGAGCCUGUUUCAAAUGCUGCCCCCGUGAGACAGGGAAACAUAAUUACAUCGAGGAGAACUCGCGGUUCAACUGCUCAGCCAACGCCACAGCCAACUACUCCGCCAACAGCUCAUAACACCGGAAAGAGGCCAAGGGUGGGUCAUUGUUCGAAGUGUGGUUCAGCGACACACAAUGCAAGAACUUGUCCUAUAAACCAAGGGAGUGGAAUACAGCAUGUGAGGUUAAAUGUUGGUGAUCGAAGGACAAUUGCACGCGAGAUGCGAGUUGCAACAGCUGGAAUCGGUGUAUAUGUGAAUGAGACCACUGGAAAUACAUAUGUUAGGCUGAACGGAGCAAAUGGUCGUCCAGUGGGUGGAAGUCAGCCAACAGUGGUGGAUGUCCAAGGAAGUCAGCCUCCUGUCACACAACCUUAG